AUGGCGAAUGACAUUCGACAGAAAAGAAAACGGGCUUCAGACAAAGUAUCAGUGGAAAUUGAGGAUGCAGGGCUCAGCUCAGACUUGUCGGACAUCGAAGAUGAAUUUAUUCCCAAAACUCCGAAGAAAAAGAGGAAGAAGAAGGCCGGAAAAGAAUCCCAAACAGUUUCCGAAGCGGUCAAGGUAGAUGCUGACGAGGAAGCUGAAGGCGAAGUCAAGAAAGCCCGCAGACCCAGGAGACCCAAGCCUGAGCCGGUUUACAUUAUCCAGGACGUGGAAAGACGCGACACAAAGUUUCGAGGCCGCCUUGGUUAUGCCUGCCUCAAUACAAUCUUGAGAAACAAAAAGCCUGCUUCAGACGCUGUGUUUUGCUCCAGAACUUGCCGAAUCGACUCUAUCAAGAAGAAUGGGAUGGAUUGGGUCAGAGAACUGGGUCGUAAGAAUGUGCAGGAUCUUAUUACCAUGAUACAAUGGAACGAGGACAAUAACAUCCGUUUCCUUCGCCUAUCUUCAGAAAUGUUCCCUUUCGCCUCCCACCCGAUCUACGGCUACUCCCUCGAGUACUGUUCUUCGCUCUUAGCUGAGGCAGGCGCGUUGGCGAAAAAAUACGGGCACCGAUUGACGACACAUCCUGGCCAGUUCACCCAGCUUGGUAGCCCUAAACCUGGCGUCAUCGAGAGUUCGAUCCGAGAGCUCGAGUAUCACUGUCAAAUGUUGGACUUUAUGGGCGUAGGGAAGGACGGUGUGACUAUCGUUCAUGGUGGUGGUGUGUACGACGACAAGCCCGGGACCAUAGAACGGAUCAAGACGACGAUCCGCGAUGUUCUACCUCAACAUGUGAGGGAAAGAUUGGUUUUGGAGAAUGACGAACUCUGUUAUAACGCAGAUGAUCUUCUUCCUAUAUGUGAAGAACUAGAUGUUCCUCUCGUUUUUGAUUAUCAUCAUGACGCACUCAAGCCUUCUUCCAUCCCACCUGCCGCGAUCAUAAAACGUACAAAUGCGAUUUUUGCUCGACGAGGCAUCCGGCCUAAACAACAUCUCAGUGACCCCCGGCCGGGCGCUGUCACCCUCAUGGAACGCCGAGCGCAUGCUGAUCGCUGUGAACGACUUCCCGAUGAGCUUGAACUAGAAGGAAUCGGAAUCGAUAUCGAUCUAAUGAUAGAGGCCAAGGACAAGGAGCAGGCGGUGUUGCAGUUGUAUAGGAUCUAUGGAUUGGAAGAAGUUAAAUACGAGUCUCUGCGCCCGCCUAAUGAGAAUCAGACCAAGGAGACCAAGGGAAGAAAGUCGAACAAGAAAGCGAAAAAGGGCGAACAAGCUAUGAUCGAUGGAGUUGAAGGUGAGGGCGAGGAUUCGGUCAACGUUGACGAGGAUAACGUCGAAGAUGGGGUAGGGGACAUGGUACAUGCAUAA